AUGGAAACCGAAGAAAACAACCAACUGGCCUUUCUCGAUGUGCUUGUCAAGAGAAAUGGAGACCAUUUGGAUCACACGGUGUAUCGAAAACCCACUCAUACAGACCGGUACUUGCACAACCUGUCAAAUCACCAUCCAAGCCAAAAACAGGGGAUUAUCGGAACAUUAGCAAAUAGAGCAAGACGCAUUUGUGCUAAUGAUCACAUACAAGAGGAACUAAGUCACUUAAAUAAAGCCUUUCUUGCUAAUGGGUAUAAUGAGAAAGAAAUAAAGGCGACGCUAGCACCUAGGCAGAGGAGACUUGACGUCAAUGAACAGAAUAACACCGUUAAUAAGGCCUUCCUUCCAUAUGUCUAUAGGAUUGGAAAAGUUCUCAGGAAACACAACAUCAAAACAAUAUACAAACCUACCCGGAAAAUAAAGGACUGCUGGAGACCAGCCAAAGAUAAAAGGCGUAUAUAUUGGAACUACCAAACGCUCAGUAGGAACGAGACUUACGGAACACAAGAGAAGCUGCAGGUUAGGGCAAACAGACGGCAAAAGUCGGCCGUAGCAGAACAUGCCCUAAGAGAUGGUGACCACAAAAUCCAGUUCGAAGACACCCAAGUCAUUGCCACAACAUCUGGAUAUCAUCCUCGUCUGGUCAGGGAAGCUGUUGAAAUUCACAAACAUCCAAAUAAUUUCAACAGGAAGGAAGAAACUCUCUACCUAAACAGAAUUUGGCAUCCAGCUAUAUCUAGGACCAAGGUAGCAGUACAGAGAAGUAGACCAGUUCCGGAAGAACCACCACCGGAACAAGCCACGCCCCCCUCCGCCGACGCGGAGGCAUCAGUCUAG